UGUGCGUUGAGUGUUUCUUGAACUGUAUUUAGAGUGACUAAUCCUUGUGAUAUCAGUGAAAAUAGGGUCAAAAAUAUUUCACUGAGAAAUUGAGUCUAUAUUAAUUUGGACUAGAUACAGCUGGAUUUUUUUUAAAUAUCAUUUUGGAAGAUCACUUUUGCAGACGAGAAAAUGGAAAUUAAAAACCAAUGGUUUAAUAUCACCAAUAUCUUAAAAAUUAAGACAUAAGAUAGAGUGACUGCAGAGCAGUGGACAAACAAAAGAAAGAGAAAAGGAGAUAAAAAUUGUCGAAGAGAUUAUCGAUCUAUUAAGCAAAUAAAAACUCACAAUGGUCCAAACAAUUCAAAGGAUAAUUUCGCAAAACUUUGCACAGAGCAAACCAACAGGGAAAGAAGACACUCUAUCGCAGUUGAUCGGCCAUUUUGGAAAAUGGCAGUUCAUAAUUUUCGCGGCAGUUUUUCUCGUCAAGCUCUCUUCAGGAUGGGUUCAAAUGGCAAUAUUAUUUUUGACCCCCAACUUGACUUUCCGAUGUGCAGAGUUUAAAAAUUCUUCAGCUUUAUUGUUUUCAAGGGACAUUCCAAUUUUGGAGUCAAAUUCAAGGAAUAAUGCUUCAUCACUGAAUUUUAGUUCCGUAUUUAGGAACGGGACAUUCGAAGAGAACAAAUGUUAUUCAGAAUGUAUGAAAUACGAAUACGAUACAGGGAUAUUUGACAACACCAUCGUGUCGGAAUGGGACUUGGUGUGCGAGCGGCGGUGGCUGGCCAGCUUCACGCAGAUGGUGCUACAGUUGGGUAUACUGAUCGGGAGUAUACUCUUCGGAUUUCUAUCUGACAGAUAUGGCCGAAAGAACACCUUUCUCCUCUCGAUUACCACACUUAUUGCUUUCGGAUUCGUCGUCCCCUUCUCUCCCAACUACACAGUGUUCACUGUCUCUCGCUUCUUCCUGGGCUUGGCUACCGCGGGCACCAUGGUCAUAUCCUUCGUGAUCAUCAUGGAGACCGUCGGUCCGAGAUACAGGGAGCUUUUGGGCUGUUUGUUCCAAAUCCCCUUCAUCAUUGGGCACAUGACAGUCCCACUCUUCGCAUACUACUUCAGGAGUUGGGACACAUACACGUUGGCACUGGCUGUGCCUCCUCUGAUAUAUCUGGGGUAUUUCUUCGUGCUGAACGAGUCUCCAAGAUGGCUCGUCAGUGUAGGCAGGGUUGAAGAAGCGACGGAGAUUGUGACGAGAGCAGCUGAGAUAAACAACCGUUCCACAACCAAAAUAAAGGAAACUCUAACGGAGUUCUCCCAAGCCAUCCAGUCGCGAUCAGACGAGCCAAAGCCGAACUACACGGAACUGUUCCGGCGCUCUCUAUGGCUCAAGACGUCUUGCUGCUGCGGUAUCUGGCUCAUCACUGGGGUGACCUUCUUCGGACUGAACCAGUACAUCAGCCAGACCAGUCCAGACCCGUUCAUCAGCGUCUCUGCUGCCGGGGCCAUUCAGAUCCCCUCCAUUCUCCUCUCCAUCUGGCUCAUCAAGACCUUCGGGCGGAAAGCGACGACGAUCGCCUUCUCCUGCUUCGGCGGUCUUUGCAUCAUCACCCUGGGCUGCCUGCCACCCACCUUCGUCAUCAGACUGACCCUCGGGACCUUGGGCGUCAGCUGCGCCUCUAUAGUCGCCACCACCAUCUACAUCUUCACUUCAGAGAUAUACCCGACUGUGGUUCGGAAUAUGGGCAUGGGGGCUGCCUCCACUGCCAUGAGGAUAGGUUCAAUGAUUGCUCCUUUCAUCUCCAACGUCACCACCGUCCCUUGGCUGCCGACGAUCGUGUUUGGCGCAGCCCCGAUUAUUGCUGGUGCCCUCUGUUUGCUACUGCCAGAAACUAAAGGCAGGGUUUUGCCGGAUAGCAUUGAUGACGUUGAUGAGAAGUAAGGCCGGUAAAAGGCGUAAAUGAUUAAGAAUCAUAAUAAAUAAACAGAAAGAAUACCGACUAGGAUUAUAUGUUACCUAUUGUCAAUUUUUUACAUUAAAUAAACCUUAGGUAUAUUGUAAAUUGUAAGGCUUUGUGUUGUGAUAAAUCUUGUUACUUGAAUAAAAUAAAUUGGAUUAGGUACUACAUAACAUAGGUACAUAGGUAGGUACUUUCUUGCCUUAUUUUUGCACAUUACUGUAGUAAUUACACUAGUUAUAGUUUCAAAACUUUAAUUUUCAUAAAAUUACAGCUGAAACUUCUUAUCAGCGAAAGUGAGGUAGAAGUUGCCCAUCGCCAUCGACUCGCCGGUCGACGUGAGCGCGAACUCCACCUGCGCCAUGCACUUCUUGAAAGGCCACUUGAAUUUGAAAUUGACAGUCGACGGCACUGUCAUGUUUACUAAAUGUUGCAAUUUCUGUAGAAGAGAUAAAUAUUUUUUAAUACUAAGUCUUGCUAAAAGAGUGUAAUAAGAAAAAAUAUUCUACUCAUAAACCCAAUUUUCUGCGAACUACAUAGUUCACCACCAGGGUAAACAAAUUGACUACUUAAUCAAAUUGAGUAAGAUCUGCUGGCACUAUAAAUGGGUCUAUUUUAGUUUCGAGUCAUUUAAGAAUUAAAUUAACGGGGAGUAAGCAAAACACUGUAGUACUUGGAACGCUGGAUAUGGUCCAGAGAAUCAUUUGUAGUCACCUCCUGCAUCCUUAGCCAGAUCAUCGGUCCACAGUGGGUGGCCUGUCCAAACUACGUUUCCCGGCCCAUGGUCGCCACUCGAGCACUUUUCUGCCUCAAUGGUCAUCUCUGCGAGCUGUGUGCCCCGCCCACUGCCACUUAAUUUAUUAAUUCUGCGGGCUAUGUCAGUCACUUUGGUUCUCCUGCGGAUUUCCUCAUUUCAUAUUCUUUAUUAAUCAUCCUGUCAAUAUACAUUACCGGUGGUACUGGGCAAGUGAUCCCAACGUUGGCCACCAUGGCACCCACGUACGGGUCCGAGUUGAUCAUGUCGCACAGCUUGAAGUGGAACUCAACGAAGGAGCGUCGGUACUCGUUGUGGAGGUACUCGUGGAGCACCAAGUUUAUCUGAAAGUAGUGACACACUUACGCCCGUAUUCACAAACGGGGACGCACAGGAUGACACAGGAACCAAUCACAGAGCUCUAUUCAACGCUGUGCGUUCGAUUUGCUGCUUCAAAGCAAGCAUCGUUUGUGAAUACGGGUGCAGUCAUUACUUUUAAGAAUUUUAAAAGUUGUUCGGAAAAAAUGACAAGUAAAUUAGGUACCAACUUACCGUUACAUUAUUGCCCCAUGUAUGUUUAUUUACACCAAUGAUAUUCAUGUAGUAAGGGCUAUUCCGCCCAUAUCGAGUGACAAAGGCGGAGGCGUUGGCGACGUAUUUCUCAUUUGCGUAUACGACACUUGCUCUCUCAGGGAUUAUUUGAAGACACUGCAAUUUUUAUAAAAAAGCUAAAUACUGAAAUGGAAGUUAGGUAGGUACCUUUUCCCUCCAACCACUGCCUCACACACUGUCGCUCUCAUGUUAUAAGUUACAUUUUUUUAUUAGUUCCAAAGUAAAAACAUCUGUAAUGUUUGUAAUUCAUAUUUUAACCGAUUUUAAAUAAAGAGGAGGUAUUGUACCUAUACUGUGUAAGUGUGUAUAUUGUUGUACU